CCGGGGCCUCCGGGCCACCUAGCUCCGCGCGUUCCUGGAUGGACGCGACCCCUUUGGCCCAGCAGCAGCCUCCCCGGCCUGCGGGAGGUGUCAGAUUGAAGUAAGUGAAUACAGAUAUAAUUCAAGCUUGUUAGAGGGCUUUUUAAAAAUAAAAAGUUGAUUCGGUGCACGAGAGCAAGUUACUGCUGCUUACCGUUCAGAGACUUACAGGUGCUUGCCUGCAUUGCAAUAAAGGACUCAUAUAUUGAGCAAGACUUAUAUUUAUCUCUUCGUUUUGGAGAGCCUAAUAAACUAUUACAGUUUCUCUACUGACUUUAAAAAGUUUUGAAGUUUGGAAGAGACACCUUUGCAAUUAACACAGCAUGAGCACGGCCAGAACAGAGAACCCUGUUAUAAUGGGUCUAUCCAGUCAAAAUGGUCAGCUGAGGGGCCCUGUGAAGCCCAGUGGUGGCCCUGGAGGAGGGGGCACACAGACACAGCAACAGAUGAACCAGCUGAAAAACACCAACACAAUCAAUAAUGGCACUCAGCAGCAAGCACAGAGUAUGACCACCACUAUUAAACCUGGUGAUGACUGGAAAAAGACUUUAAAACUCCCUCCAAAGGAUCUAAGAAUCAAAACUUCGGAUGUGACCUCCACAAAAGGAAAUGAGUUUGAAGAUUACUGUUUGAAACGGGAGUUAUUGAUGGGAAUUUUUGAAAUGGGCUGGGAAAAGCCUUCUCCUAUUCAGGAGGAGAGCAUUCCCAUUGCUUUAUCUGGUAGGGAUAUCUUAGCUAGAGCAAAAAAUGGAACAGGCAAGAGCGGUGCCUACCUCAUUCCCUUACUUGAACGGCUAGACCUGAAGAAGGACAAUAUACAAGCAAUGGUGAUUGUUCCCACUAGAGAACUUGCUCUACAGGUCAGUCAAAUUUGUAUCCAGGUCAGCAAACACAUGGGAGGGGCCAAAGUGAUGGCAACCACAGGAGGAACCAAUUUACGGGAUGAUAUAAUGAGGCUUGAUGACACAGUGCAUGUGGUGAUCGCUACCCCUGGGAGAAUCCUGGAUCUUAUCAAGAAAGGAGUAGCAAAGGUUGAUCAUGUCCAGAUGAUAGUAUUGGAUGAGGCAGAUAAGUUGCUGUCACAGGAUUUUGUGCAAAUAAUGGAAGAUAUUAUUCUCACGCUACCUAAAAACAGGCAGAUUUUACUAUAUUCCGCUACUUUCCCUCUUAGUGUACAGAAGUUCAUGAAUUCCCAUUUGCAGAAACCUUACGAGAUUAACCUGAUGGAGGAACUAACUCUGAAGGGAGUAACCCAGUACUACGCAUAUGUAACUGAGCGCCAAAAAGUACACUGCCUCAACACUCUUUUCUCCAGACUUCAGAUAAACCAAUCAAUCAUUUUCUGUAACUCCUCUCAGCGAGUUGAAUUGCUAGCCAAGAAGAUUUCUCAACUGGGUUAUUCUUGUUUCUAUAUCCAUGCUAAAAUGAGGCAGGAACAUCGAAAUCGUGUAUUUCAUGAUUUUCGAAAUGGCUUAUGCCGCAAUCUUGUUUGCACUGAUCUGUUUACCCGAGGUAUUGAUAUACAAGCUGUGAAUGUGGUUAUAAACUUUGACUUCCCAAAGCUGGCAGAGACCUAUCUCCAUCGUAUUGGAAGAUCAGGUCGCUUUGGUCAUCUUGGCUUAGCCAUCAACUUGAUCACAUAUGAUGAUCGCUUCAACCUGAAAAGUAUUGAGGAGCAGCUGGGAACAGAAAUUAAACCUAUCCCAAGCAACAUUGACAAGAGUCUAUAUGUGGCAGAAUACCACAGCGAGCCUGUAGAAGAUGAGAAACCUUAACAAGCAUGCUUUGACAAACUACAGAAGGCUCAUUUGGAACUGUGACACAUUGUUUGGGGGGGGGUGCUCUUCUCUUUCUGGGUUUUUCAUCUUCUUUUAUUUUGGAACUAUGAAGACUUAAAAGAGCUCAGACAUUUUUCUUUUUUUAAACUGGUGAAGAGAAAAAAGCUGAAAGAAGGAAUAUACCUUUUUUGUUCCACUUGUUUGCACUGUGUGCUGACUGAACAUUAGUUGCACUAACUGCUGGUUUUUAAAAAAAUGUUUUCUGGGGAAAGGGGACAAGGAAGGAAGAGAAAGAAGGGGAGAAACCCUAAAAAGAGAAGAAUCUUGAUGAACACACAAGCUUGUCUACGAUUUCAGAAUUCUCCAACAGCUGACUCUUGAGUGCAUUUCAACUUCUCCUUGAUUAGUCAUCCGUUUUUUAAGCCUGAAGAGCUUAUUACUUAUUUGUGCGAAGUGCCUUAUGCUAUGAGACCAUUCAGAAUAUCAUCUUUUAGAUACAGUCCAAGGAAUCAACGAUAGUAAUUCUUUCUUUUCUUUUUUCUUUCUUUUCUUUCUUUGUUUUAAAAACUUUUGUGUUUUCAUUUUAGUUUCAAGUUGAAGUCACUCUCUUCCCUUUCUACCUGAUACUCAAGCCCAGGGCUGGAAGAUGAAACUUACUAGUAAUGUUAAACACCAUUUUCUUUUUCUUUAUAUGGAGGAGUUGAUAAUGCAACUGCAGUUCAUCCGCACUGUAAAUACAUGUAUUUAAAAAAACAAUCCCAAGUAAAAAUUUUUUCUGGGCUGAGUAGAUAAACAUCAUCGCUCCCAAAGGAAAGAGCAGUCUAUCAUUGCAGGAGCCAUAUGAGAAGCCUUUGUGCUCUAUAGCAGAACACUAAAGACUGGUUUACAUACGCCUCCAUUAGCAGUAUGGCACUUGAUGUGUAGACAUUUCAGAGCCUUGACCCUCUUUCCUCUGUGGCAAAGCGUGUCCCAUAGAAAAUUGGGUGUGUAUACUUGUAUAAACUUUGUAAAUAAGUUUUUUUCUGGGUUCAUAUAUAUAUAUAUAUACAUAUAUAUAUAUUUUUUUUUGGAUGAAGGUUGCUGGGAUUAAGGGGAUUAGAGUGAUUAUGGGAGCAGCUAAAGAUGAGAGGGGCUCAGUUUUCCGCAACACUAAAUUCUAAAAAGCAUUUGGCCUCUUACUGUAGAGAGCAGACCUCUGUGGGACCCUGUUAGAAAAGGGACCUAGAAGUCUGGGGUGCACUGUGUUCUGCCACACUGUCUCAUCUAGUAUCUUUGGAGGAGACUUGCCAGAGAGAUCAAGGUAGCUUCAAAAAUCUACAAGUUUUUUUUUGAGAAGCUCUCUGAUUUUGCUUCUUCCCCCUUUCUAAAAGUUUGAGGAACUUUUCAAGCUGUGCAAAAGGGGACAAAGAUUAAUCUACCUUGCAGUGUGGGAAUUCUGUUGAGUGGCAGCGUCUUUGAGCAGUAUAUGUAUAAAGCAUGGAUUUGCAUUUUAGAAUAUCAGCCAGUACCAGCUCUGGUAACAUUAGCAGUUCUGGACCUUAAUUUUCUGUGGAUCAUCUCUUGUAGUGUGUGAAUGUGUUGCCCUCUGCCCACCUUGAUACAUAAACUUUUGCAGGAAUGGGCAACCCCUGAGAACUGUUAACUCAUGCCACAGAAAGCUGCUUGCCAUUUUCUUGCGUUGUGACAGGGAUUGUUAUCUGUCAUUUUGCCUUGUAAAUUGCUGGCAAUUGCUUUACAGUCAGUAGUGUUGCUUUAAAUUGUGCCCCUCCCAACAUGCUUGAUGUUUGGCCUGAUCUCCAGGCAAAAGGAGUGAGAUGAAUCAAAACCAGUGAACUUUUUUUUUUAAAUGUUUUUAAUUCCCUUUCAACCCAGUAUACUAGGUCAAUUAGGAGGCAUCUGGGGGGCGGGGGGAGCAAAAAACAAAAUUAAAAAAAAAAUUGAUUUCUAUAUUCCAUUGUUUUUCAAAAUCCUAAAAUAUUGCAAGAUAAGCCCUGCAUAUGCUUUCAUGCUUAACUCAUCCGGAUAAAGAAAUCAGUUACUUGGAGUUGCUUUUUUGACUCUGCCUAGUCUAAGCAAAACUGUUUGUCACUCAAAGUUCCUUGGGGAUCAAAACCCUGCAGAUGCCUCCUGAUCAGACAGCCCUAACUCCUUUACUGUAGCAAGAGCUGCACAGUACAAACCCAAAAAAGAGCAAGCUCAUUUAUUAGAAAUCCAAGUCACAUAUGUUCUAUCCAGUCAAUAUUGGUUACUAAAUAUAAACCUAAAAUUAAGGAAGUAACCUUUUUUCGGGGGCGGGAAGGGUGGGGGGAGGGAAUUUAAAAGGCGUCAACUUUUGUCUAAGACAUCUUGCCCUUGUACUGGUGCAGCUCUCUUUUUUCCCCCACCUCUGGCGAGAAAAGAGACUUGUACAUGUAGAAGAAACAAAGGAGUGUAUAAUGCAGUUUUGUUUCUCGCUAGAGAGCAUGUGGGUGACAACGACAGUGCAGUCUCCUUUGCCAACUGUAGACUGCUGUGCCUGGUGCCACAUGCCUGUGGGUCCCUCUUAAAGCACAGACUUAAAGUUGAAAGUAUUACUGAAGUACAGCCUCUGAUGAGGAGUGGCACUUAAACUAUCUGGGACACCAUUAUUGGACACAGUCUUGUAGAGGCAGCUGUCCAGUUUUGGUGCUUGACUCUUAAACGAAUUAUUAAAUGGAAAGAUGCUCUAAGGACUAGGUCAAAGCCUGGUCUCUCUUUUUUUUUCUUUUGAUCCCUCAUAAUAAGGAGCAUUGUUACUAUUGGAAAUUGUUUUCAGAUUUUUUUUUCUAAUAGUUUUUUUUUUAAGUAAUGGUCAUAUUUUUCCAGUGGUUCAAUUGAAUGAGAACUGGUCCUUAUUUUUAAUAUUGAAAUUGUCCAGCUUAUGGUUAGGCUGUGGUUGUGUAGUUGUGUAAUGGUUUCUGGACUGUUACACACUGCUGCGUCUAGGCCUGUGUUUUGUUUUUCUCUCCAUGUAAGUUCUGAUGGGGAAAGAAACUUUCUUUUCCCUUAAGAAUGAAAGAAAUUUAUUCUAAAAUGAUCUUUCACGGAAAGAAGUCAGGGAGAGGGAAGCCUUAUAUCUCUAAAUUAUUUUCAAGUUGGUCCUAACAUCAUAAUAUGGCCAAAAGGGGGGGUGGGGAAGGUUAUCAGUAUUUGUUUUCAGAAUGAGAUGGGAGCAUCUUUCCUUAGCCAUGUGCUUUGUGUUUGAUACCAUACUGCUUGGUUAGAAUAAGACAACUCAGCACAAAGCCUUGAGUGUAAAUUGUUGGAAUCAAAACAUCUCAUUCUGAUCACUUGGUUUUCUUUUUUUCUUUUCUUUUUUUUUUUUUCUUUUAAUGGGGUGGGAGGGAGGGUACUGUGCCCCAAAAGGGAGGGUGUCUGAACUAAGGAUUUAGAAACACUUUGGAAGCUCAUAACCUCAUCAGAAACUGCCUUUAGCCACACUCCUUACCUUCUAGAUGAGUAACAAAAAAAAAAAAUGAAAUAAGUUCUUGGGAAUUAAGCCAUGUUAUUUUAAUUUGCUACUUUUUUCAGUGUUCUAUGUAUCUUUAAAAUUGUUAUUGUGGAAUCGUUUUCUUGCCAAAUAACUUCGUCAAGCAAAAUUAUUGGCCUCAUGGGAGCUGAAGUCAGCUUUUUGGUGUAUGUAAGUGGACUUUGGUGAGCUUGUAGUUCUACUUUAUAUUCCUAAAGAUAGUUUUAAAACUCCCAAAGAAAAUCCUACUCCCCUUUCUGAUCUAAAAACUCAUCUUUGGGGUAGAGUUAAGUGUCCAAAGGUUGUAACAGUUAAUGAGGUCAGAGGGAGCUAGCCUGGCACCUGGAUUCUGCCCCUCCAAAGCUGACAGAUUCCAACAGAAGUGUAUUUAAAUUCUCCAGUAGACAAUGCUGAGCAGGGCAAGGGAGGGGGUAGGGCUGGGUUAUUAAGAUACAGGCUACUGUAUUUUAACCAAUGGUUAUGGGGGAGGGGUGCCUGGAGAAAACAAAGUCACUGUUCCCUUUUUUGAAAUAAACUUGAAAAAAUUUAUUUUUCAGUAGAAAUGGGAGAGAAUUCCAAUGUCCCUAGCCACAAGGGACCAGUUCCACUGAGAAGUGAACAGUGGGAACUCAAAAUUUUGAAAACAUUUGGGGAAAGGGAAAAUUGGCUUUCUGUUAAUUGGCAAAUGUUCCAGUAGGGCUCUCUUUUUGUUUGGAUGUGUUAUGUUGUGUGUACAUGUAUAUGGACCAGAGUCUGCUGAGUUGAUAAGGUUCAGAAAAGAUGGUUGGUAAAAUCUUGAUUUUUUUUGUUAAUUUAUCUAAAUAAAAGCCCACUGGAACCCCAAA